GUACGGUACGGCACCUAAACAGAUCAAGACCAACAAAAUGUUUACGGACAUCGUUUUAUUUUAUUCUCAGACGGAUGUUUUUGCAGCACAACAUAGAUGUAAUCAUCCAAUACAGUAGAUUUAAGAAGAAGUCGAGAUGUCGGGGACAGUUUAUCCAGCUGUAGAAGUUACUGAGGAGUUUGACUCCACUAAAUGGAACCCACUUCAUUGUAAUGUCUGUAAUGAACAGUACAAGGAUCCUUGCAUUCUACAGUGUUACCACAGCUUCUGCACACAGUGUAUACAAGGAAUGGUGGAGGAGGGCAAAGUUCUCUGUCCGCUUUGUGGACGUGUAACACUGAUAAAAGAGGGGAAUUCCCUCCCACCUCCAGACCCAAUAUUGAAGUUUCUGGUAGAGUCUUCAACAGGGGAGACAGUGACAUGUGCUAACUGUGAUCAGACAAAUGUGGAGAUGUUUCAUUGUAAGACGUGUAACCAGCCAUUAUGUGUAACAUGUAGAGAAGAUACCCACCGUGCCAAAAUGUUCUCGAAACAUGAUGUGGUUCUUCACACUAAACAUACCAGAGAUAUACAAAAGGACUGUAAGAUACAUGGAGAACCAUUCAUUUUAUUUUCCACUGAGAAGAAAGUCAUGUUGUGUAUUAACUGUUUCCGGGACAUGAAAGUAGAAAGUCGAUCCCACUGUGUUGAUCUAGAGACUGCGUACAAACAGGGAUGUCAGAAGAUCGAUGAUACCAUGCAGUCAAUACGUGACCUACAGAGCUCAGUGAGGGAUGGUAUACUGUUGUUACGAGCCUUACUGGAGGAGAUACAGAUUAAUGCUGACACGGAGAAACAAGACAUCAAUGAUCUGUACAACACAAUGCAAGAGAAAAUCAUAGAAACUAAAGAAUCUUUGCUUCAAGAAAUUGACAGGCAGUUUGUGGAGAAAGAAGAGCUGUUCAAGAAUCAGCUAGUCAGUCUGAGAACAUUUUUACCGACCCUUCAUGUACAUCUAGUCACCUGUGCGGCAUUCUGCAGCUCAACCAGUAAAUACGAGUUCCUUGACUUCACCUAUGAAAUGAUGCGUAGGUUGACAGCUAUAAUUCAGGUCCCCCAGCCCCUGCACCCGUCUCAGACCAGCGACAUUGUCACUGAUUACAAAGCCAAACUAGCCAGAUGUUUAGAGCCAUUGUUAUUUCCAUACAGAAAUGGGAUGACUGUUCCUGUUUCCAUAGCAGCAGGUGUGGCUGCAAGUUCAAGGUUUGAAUCAACACCGGCUGUUACCACUGCAGUAGGGACAAACGUUAAUGAAGUGUCACCAAAUGAGGAGAGGAUUAACAAAACAAGGCACAUUCAAAACAAGAAAAAACUCAAACUAAAACUCAUAGAGAAUAAGGGAUUCUUUGCUGAUCAUUGCAAGGAAUUUGAUGAAUCUCACAGGGAACUGAUGGGUUCAGUGGACAGUUUAAAGCAGGCGGUGCAAGAGUUACAGCGAGAUAUCACCUUACGUCGUAGCCUCACCAAAGAUCUUACAAUCAGUGACUUGAAAACAAAGAUAACACAGACGGAAGAGCUGCUGGAUGUCCACAUGUCAUCUAUAGAAGAAAAACAACCUGGUUUGGAACAGCACUGGGAAGAAUCCUUAGAGAUGAUAGCAGCAGAGCAGGAAGUUUACCAAGCCCAGUUACAGGACAUAGGUAGACUGAAGAAUGAGGUGUGUUCUGUGAAGACUAUACUACAGAAACUCAUGUCCUUCAUGUCAUCAAUAGCUAAUGUGACACAGAGAUUGGCUCCGAAGUUGGGUAAAGCUACCUCAACUGCCGAAAAUGAGAGUCAACAUAAUGCAUUGUUUAGACAGAUCAGUGAAAUGCAGCCAGACUCGCAACAAAGAGUUGAUGCUAUAAGAACUGCUGAAGAAGAACGAGAUAUAAAAUCAGCAAAUAGAGUGAAUCCAUUAGACGAGGAAUUGAUCAAAACUAAAGGGCUUCUGCGUGCACCAUCUGCUCGUAAAGAUCCUACAAAAAGACUCUCAUCAGAGAUUAAAGAGCAAAAUACGGAUGACACAAGUCCAGGAAAAUGUGCUGGAGUUGUUAAAAGCACUGAUGAAUUAGGUAAGUUAGAUAAAGAGGAUGUUAAGGAUAAAUUGAAAUGUGGUACUGAAAAUUUCGAAACUAAAACAGAAAAACUGUCAGAUAGUCCGGUUUCUCCAAAUAUAGAUCAGAAUGGAAAUGCCAGCGUAGAAAGUGAUGUCACUUCUGUGAAUGGUGUUAGUCCGGUUUCAGAUAAUGGUGCUGCAGACUGCGUCACAGAUAAUCAAAACAACUCACCUGAUCUGACAGGGACUAUGCCAGAUAUAACAGUGAUGGUUCCAAGAAUUGACAAAGUUAGUGAAUCUAGCUCAGCAACUGAAGACACAGACGGUAACACAAGUAGUAUCGCCGUGGUAACACCUGAAUCAGAGUCCGAGUUGGACAUCAGUGUGGAAUCUCUGCAGUCAGAAGAAAAUGAGAGCGUUAGACCUGGUCAUGUAAAAGACCUAAUUGCCAAAGUGGUCAGUUUUUCCAAAGUAUCAGAUACGACUGUUGGUGAAAAGUUAGCAGGAGCUCGUUCUCCGACGACGUCAUUUUCUGAUAAAACUGCUACAAAUGCCAAAAAUUCGUACCCAGUUUUAAAUGGUGCAUCAUCAACACCUGAUGAUGUAUCUUCAAUUUCUCUUGAGGCAAAUGGUGCCGAGUAUGACCGUGUUAAUCAGUUUGUCUCAUUAGAUAAUGAGGGUAAAACUACUACAGCAAAAAAUGGUGACAAUAAUGAAAUUGUAGAGAAUGGAGCAGAUAUAAACCAAGCAUCUACUGAAGGAGAUGAAGUCUAUGUAGCCAAAAGCUUGCCAGAAUUGGCACAAGUUUUUGAACGUGGAGAGUUGAAACAAAAGAAACGCAAGGGAAAGAAUGGCAAAGGUAGACCAGCUGAUGACAAAAAUUGAAGAAACUCGGCAGGAACAAUGUUAUUUAUUUAAAUAUUUCUACAUAAGACACGUUUAUCUCAGAUCGUAAUAAAUCUGGUUUACAAAUCCAUAAAGAAAUGAAAGGUACUGAAGAAAACUUGAUGCUUGAAUAUAAAUGAUCCGCACCAUGAGAAAACCAACAUAGUGCGUUUGCGACCAGCACGGAUCCAGUCUAGAUCCCUGCUGUUUGCUAAAGGUUUCUCUAAUUCCAAUAAGCUUUGAAAGCGAACAGCAUGGAUCCUGACCAGACUGCGAAUGUGCAAGCUUGUCUGGAUCCAUGCUGGCCGCAAACGCACUAUGUUGGUUUUUUCAUGUUGCGGCUCAAAUGUGAAAGAAGUCUGAAUUAUCAUUUGCCUUGCAACAAGUGCUCCAGUAUCUAUGAAUCUCGGAAAUAAUGCUUUUGUGCUUUCAGUAGUUUUGUGCCAAAUCAAAAUCUAAUUUUAUAUCUUUUAUUUAACAUUGUAUAAUUUACUUGUAUGCCGUUAUUUCUAGUGCAUUUUUAUACAGUGUAUGCAAUUUUUGUUUCUGUUUGCAGUCUCGAAAUACCUAAAAGAUGUUUACAUGUGUUGUGAUAUUUAUAUAAAUAGGUAAUGUCCAAUUAAUGUCUGUGUUGAUAAGUUUUUGUGUGGCAAACAUUUUACAAGAGGGUCUCCUUUUUAUAUGCAUAACUGCUGUUGCAUCAGAUCUGUUUUGUGAUAUUUUUUUCAUCCUUUUCUACAUCAUGUUUAUGCUACUUGUAUGUCUAGAAACUUAUAUCCGUCAUUCAAUAAAAUUUUAAUGUUGGAAAUGACUCGUGUCACUGGAGAAGAUUAAAUGUGUCAGAUAUGUGGCAUGUAAUUUCAUAUAAAAGUUUUGACAAACAUGUAUAUCAGUACAGA